GUGGGAGCCACCCUGCCAGCUUGCUCCAGGUCUUGUCACUUCCAGUCUUAGUCCAAUGGGUGUGGCAGUGACUAAACAGCCAGAUUCUUGGCCAGAUCGGCUGCAGGGAGGUCAGAGUCAUCAGGGCAGCAAGUGGUAAGGUUGGGUUGUCAGUGCAGCUGAACUCAUGCAAUUGGUUGAAGCUUCAGAGAGAUUGAAAUUCCAGGCCAAAGAACUGAAAGAUGCCCAUCAGCAGCAAAAGCUGGCCCUGCAGGACUUCUGGGACCUCAAUGAGCUCAUUGCAGAGCUCUGCUCCCAGAAGCAGAAGGUGUGGGACAAGGAGGAGGAGAUGGAAGUAGCCAUGCACUGGAAGCUCAGCUCAAGGACGCUGUUGCCUCAAAGGAAUGCAGACUUCAUGAGCACAUCGCAGACUUCAAGCAAACAGAAAGUGAGCCUGAAGCCCUCGAGGUGGUGCUGG